CUCCUCCUCCUCCUCCUGCCCGCCGGGGAAGCGCUGCUCGCCGGUGAGCGAAGGGAAAGAUGGAUCCCAACAGGAUCAUCCAGGCUCUGCGGGGCACCAUCGACCCCAAGCUGCGCGUCGCCGCCGAGAACGAGCUGAACCAGUUCUUUGUGGGAUUUUUCUGAUCUUUCUCCUUGGAUGAUGUGUGCUACUUCUGAGUCACCAACAAACUUCACUUCUCUCAGUGACCUGAACACAGAUGUGAGUGUGGAAUUUGUCUGAAAUGUGAAUUUUGAUAAACCAGAGCAGUAAUUUCCUGCCAGUCCUAUAAAAUCAUCAACUUUGCUCCAAGUCUACUGCAAAUCAUAGUGUCAGAUCAAGUUGAAUUUCCAGUGCGUCAAGCAGCUGCCAUUUACCUGAAGAACAUGGUGACACACUACUGGCCAGAUCGUGAACCACCUCCUGGAGAGGCAGUUUUUCCAUUCAACAUUCAUGAAAAUGAUCGUCAGCAAAUUCGUGACAACAUUGUGGAAGGAAUAAUUCGUUCUCCUGACUUAGUGAGAGCGCAGCUGACAAUGUGCCUCCGUGCUAUCAUUAAACAUGACUUUCCUGGCCACUGGACAGCUGUGGUAGACAAGAUAGGAUACUACUUGCAGUCUCAGAACAGUGGAAGUUGGCUUGGGAGCCUCCUGUGCCUAUACCAGCUGGUGAAGACCUACGAAUACAAAAAAGCAGAGGAGCGAGAUCCUCUCAUAGCAGCAAUGCAAAUAUUUUUGCCUCGGAUUCAGCAGCAGAUGAUCCAGCUUCUGCCUGAUAACUCCCAUUACUCUGUACUACUUCAGAAACAAAUCUUAAAAAUCUUCUAUGCUCUUGUUCAGUAUGCAUUGCCACUCCAGUUGGUGAAUAACCAGACUAUGACUCAGUGGAUGGAGAUCUUCCGUACUAUCAUUGAUAGAAACGUACCUCUGGAGACUUUGCAAAUUGAUGAAGAUGAUAGACCGGAGCUGGUGUGGUGGAAAUGCAAGAAGUGGGCGUUGCAUAUUGUAGCUCGUCUUUUUGAGCGCUAUGGAAGUCCUGGAAAUGUAACUAAAGAAUACUUUGAAUUCUCAGAGUUUUUUUUAAAAACCUAUGCUGUGGGCAUACAGCAGGUUCUCUUAAGAAUUUUAGACCAAUACAGGCAAAAAGACUAUGUUGCACCACGUGUUCUUCAGCAAACAUUAAAUUAUCUGAACCAAGGAGUUAUUCACUCUGUAACGUGGAAACAAAUGAAACCACACAUACAGAGUAUAACAGAAGAAGUUAUAUUCUCUCUAAUGUGCUACAAAGAUGAAGAUGAAGAGCUCUGGCAAGAGGAUCCAUAUGAAUAUAUCCGCAUGAAAUUUGAUGUAUUUGAGGAUUAUGCAUCCACUACAACAGCGGCACAGAAUCUCCUUUAUACUGCUGCGAAGAAGAGAAAAGAGGUAUUACCAAAAAUGAUGGCAUAUUGCUACCAGAUUCUGACAGAGCCAAACAUUGAUCCCAGGAAAAAAGAUGGUGCUUUGCAUGUUAUAGGCUCCUUAGCAGAUAUUUUACUGAAGAAGAGUGUCUUCAAAGAUCAAGUGGAGCUGAUGUUACAGAAUCAUGUAUUUCCAUUGUUCAUGUCAGACCUGGGGUACCUCAGAGCAAGAUCAUGUUGGGUUCUUAAUUCCUUCAGUGCUUUGAAAUUUCACAAUGAGCUAAACUUGAGGAAUGCAGUAGAGUUGGCAAAGAAGAGCCUGAUUGAUGAUAAUGAAAUGCCUGUCAAAGUAGAAGCAGCCAUAGCUCUUCAGACAUUAAUAAGCCACCAAACACAAGCCAAGGAAUAUGUGAAACCUUAUGUAAGGCCAGUUAUGCAAGAGCUCUUGCACAUUAUUAGGCAGACGGAAAAUGAGGAUCUUACUGUCGUAAUCCGGAAGAUGAUCUUUGAAUACACUCAGGAAGUAGCUACCAUCGCCGUUGACAUGACUCAACACCUGGCUGAAAUAUUUGGUAAAGUGCUUCAGAGUGAGGAAUAUGAGGAAGUAGAAGACAAAACAGUUAUGGCCAUGGGUGUCAUGCAGACAAUUCACGCUAUUGUGGAUGCUGUGGACCAACAUGUGGAGAUAACUCAACAGCUCGAGAGCAUUUGUUUACAAGUCAUUGGCCUCGUUUUGCAGAAACAAGUUAUAGAGUUUUAUGAAGAAAUUCUCUACUUGGCCAACAACUUGACAGGCCACAUGAUUUCACCUCAAAUGUGGCAGCUUUUAGGUGUUCUGUAUGAGGUUUUCCAGCAGGAUUGGUUUGAGUACUUCCCAGAUAUGAUGCCUCUUUUGCAUAAUUAUGUGACCCUUGACACUGAUACUUUACUGUCUAACCCAAAGCAUUUAGAAAUCAUUUAUGCUAUGUGUAAAAAGGUAUUAACAGGAGAUGCAGGAGAAGAUGCAGAGUGCCAUGCAGCCAAACUCCUAGAAGUAAUUGUUAUUCAGUGCAAAGGACGGGGUAUUGACCAGUGUAUUCCACUCUUUGUGGAGGCUGUUCUGGAGCGGUUAACUAGAGGAGUUAAAACAAGUGAACUUCGUACCAUGUGUCUUCAGGUUGCCAUAGCUGCACUCUACUACAAUCCUGACCUACUUCUGCAUACCUUAGAGAACAUCAGAUUUCCACAUAAUUCUGAGCCCAUCACUGCACAGUUCAUAAACCAGUGGAUGAAUGACACAGACUGUUUUCUUGGACUCCAUGACAGAAAGAUGUGUAUAAUAGGAUUGAGCAUCUUAAUGGAAUUGCAGAACCGACCACCUGCGGUGGAUGCUGUGGCUGCCCAGAUUGUCCCUUCAAUCCUCCUCCUCUUCCUGGGCUUAAAACAAGUUUACGCCUUACGAGAACUCCUAGAACAUGAGGAUCAUGCUAAAGAUGAAAAUCACGUUGCAGAAGAUAAUGAAGAGAUACUGAGUGAUGAGGAGGAUACAAAUGAAGUGAGCCAGGCGAUGCAAGAGAACCAUGGUGGAGGAGGAGGAGGAGGAGGAAGUGGUGGUGGCGGCGGAGGUGGAGAGGAAGAGGAUGAAGAUGAUGAUGAUGAUGACUGGGAUGAAAAUGUAUUGGAAGAGACUGCUCUUGAAGGGUUUUGCACACCUGUUGACCUUGAAAAUGGUGUUGAUGAAUACCAGUUUUUUACUCAAGCACUUUUAGCGGUGCAGAGCCGAGAUGCAGCCUGGUAUCAUUCACUGACAGCACCAUUGAGUGAGGAUCAGAAGAAACAGCUGCAGGAAAUUUAUACAUUAGCAGAACACCGGCAAAAUGCUGCAAGACUAAGACAAUAGAGCAACGUGGCUACACAUUUGACGACAAAGGACUGAUCACAGCAUUUAACUUUGCUGGAAGUACUCCUGGUGGCAACUGAAGGAUCAACUACAAAGGUCAAUGGGAAGGGUCUCUUCAUUACAUUUGCUUGAAAUCAUCGUGACUUCUGAGCAAUAGGGAAGGGUAAUUUAAUGCUGCUGAAGGUUUUCUGGAAAACGGCAGUGUGUUUACCCCACCAGAAUGCUCUUUCUAACCGGCUACUGUAAUAUACAAAUUCUUGUGGUGUUUUAUAAUUUGAUGGACUGAAAGGAAACAUUUGUCCUCAAGGAACCUGAAUGACUAGGAGGGGCCAGGCUGCAUCUGAUUGAAUUGCACUUCUCAGGUUUUUGCUGUGCAGAAUUGAUAGAUUCAUAUGGAUAACAGUGCCUUCUGUUGUACAUGGAUUGCCUGAACAAAUGGAUUUUGGAGUGCAUUAUAAUUUUUUAAGUGUAAGGACAUUUCUUGAUACACUGUAAGCCUUGGUUCCGUGUUUUCCUGUCAGCUGCUUUUUACUACUCAUUUUGAUUGUUCGUUGGUUGCAUACACAUUGCUGGAUUCAGAAUAUUAUCUCAUCUUCCCUAUUUGGUGUAGACCAAAUGUGUAGGGGGAGGUGUCUAUUGGAGUUGCAAAGCAUACACUGGUUACAUCGAAGGGUCUUAACACAAUUGCAGGUUUAGAAUGUGAAGUUUGGAUCGGAGAUAAAAUUUUUAGACCAAAUUUUGUCUCUAUGUCUUAAUUUCUUUAUGAUUUAAAAAUAUUUGCCAAGCAAUUUUAAGCACAUACUGAUAAUGUAUUUCUUUAGAGCAGUGCUCUAUCUGGAAAGUUGAAGCCCUUCCUGUACCGUAUCAAAUUUUCAAUAACUGUAGUGAAUUACAGAUUGCUGGCCCUGUACUGUGCCGAAGCCUUCAUUUUUUAUAUGUCAGUAUAGUUAUAAUUCAGUCUGGUAAAAUCUGAAGUGCUCCACACCUUGGCUUCUGUAAAAGGCCAAAGUGUCUCUGCCUGUUCCUUGCCCCAUCCCUCUGAAUUUUCUCAGCCUGGCGGUUGUGGAGCAGAAGGUUCCUCACUGCUUUCUUUUUUCCUGCAGCUUUGUGUCAGACUCUCUCUGGUGCUGUUCUCUGCUACUGCUUUUUUUUUAACCCCAGUAGCUGCAGAGUAAAGUUGAGCGGAUUUGUGUAGGUUUUUCAAUGCUGCUACUCACUUAAUAGUAACAGUGAAAAGUCCCCCUUUUUGCUGUGUUGUACAUAUGGAAAUCUGUGAGAAUUCCAGCAUGAAUUUCCAAAAGUGAGGAUUACUUUAAGCUGCUUGGACAGGCACGUCAAGCUCAAGCAGCAAAAGGCCAGGUAAUCCUUUGUUUUGAACAUGAAAAACAUAGGUCACUUUUGCUAUUUUAGGCCUCGGGGGUGUAUUGACUUGAGAUGGUAGGAAGACAUUACAUCCAGUUUGUUGGUGAGUUUCUUAGAAACCAUAGAAGUUUUGAAAUCCUUCAUAAGUUUAAGAAAUGUUCCUUGGAACUUAAGGAUACAGAUGACUUCUCUCUUAUCUGACAAGUGAAGUUAACUGUUAGGCAGGUAAACUGUUUAAGCCCUUUAUUAUUUUAUUUUAAAAAAUUGAGAUUGUCAAGUUGGGUUUCUUUCAAUAUCCAUUUCCUUCUCCACACUAGGACGCAGAGUAGAAGAGGGGUUUAUUUUUCUUCUGCUAAUGAGGUUGCUCACACACAGUCAUGAGCUAGUGUUUAGGAGUUAAUGUGUUCAAGGAAAAAUCUGCUUUUGUAUAGCAUCAUCUUUGUGUAAGUCAGCUGAACUAUGGCUGCUCCCUAGUUUUACUUCUUGUAUACUUUUCAAAUCAGCUGUCAAGAAAAUUUCAUCCAGAUGUUUCUUACAAGGGGUUUAAUCAGCAGCAUGGAGUCGGGAAUCUUUGUUGUCUGUUUUGCAGUGGAGGUCAGAGAUGUCUGAGGGGAUGGCAUGUAAAAAGGUUAGAUGCCCUUCCCUUCCCAGGAGAUUCAUGAGUAAAUGUUUCUGCUGGUAAAAGCAAAUGUUAAUUAUUUUAUUCCUUUUUUUUAAGGGGAUUUCAUCCAGAAAGAUUUAUUGGGCUCUAGCCUCCACUUUAACAUGUGGUUCUCUUUUAAUAUGAUAAAUAUCCGUUUGUACAUGAUCAUAAAUAGUAAUGGAUUUUAGGGAUUUCUUUCUGAGCUGUGUCCAGCUUCGUACUACAUUAAAGGGAGAGUAACACAAAUGUGCAUUACUGUCUCACUUUGAAGCCAAAGUAAUCAUGGGAUAUCAGAUACCAGCAUCGGUCAACCAACCAUGAUGUAUUUGCCUUUGGAAAUACAGAAUCAUGAAUGUAUUGUAAAAUAAAACAAAGGCUGAUAACCAGUGACCUAUGUUGCCUCAUGUCCACGUUCCCAAAGCAUGAAGGUCACUCAUGAGUGCCAUGGGGACUUUACAUAGGAAAUUAUUGUUAUGAGGUUAUAGUCAUAGCAAAUAUUAACUUACAUAAGAGGCUCUUUCAGAUAAAAUUAACUGGUCACAGAAUCGUUUAGGUUGGAAAAGACAUUUGAGAUCAUAAAGUCCAACUGUAGACUUAUCAUUGAGAGGUUUAUCGCUAAACCAUGUCCCUGAGCAGCGCAUCUAUCUGUCUUUUAGGUACUUCCAGGGAUGGUGACUCAACCACUUCCCUGUGCAGCCUGUUCCAGUGCUUUACAACCUUUCAGUGAAGAUGUUUUUCCUAAUAUCCAGUCUAAACCUCCUCUGGAGCGACUUGAGGCCAUUUCCUCUUGUCCUAUCACUUGUUACUUGGGAGAAGAUACCAACACCCACCUUGUUACAUCCUCCUUUCAGGUAGCUGUGGAGAGGAAUAAGGUCUCCCUUCAGCCUCCUUUUCUCCAGACUAAACAACCCCAGUUCUGUCAGCUGCUCCUCGUAAGACUUGUGCUCCAGCCCCUUCACCAGCUUGGUUGCCCUUCUCUGGACGUGCUCCAGCAGCACAAUGUAGUGAGGGGCCCAAAACUGAACACAGUAUUCAAGGUGCUGCCUCACCAGCGCUGAGUACAGGGGGGUCAAUAACUUUCCUACUUCUGCUAGCCACACCAUUUUUGGUACAAGCCAAGAUGCUGCUGGCUUUCUUGGCUACUUGGGCACACUGCCUGUGGUGUUGCAUGGGGUUGUUGUGACCCAAGUGUAGGACUCAACACUUAGCCUUGUUGAAUCUUGUACAAUUGGCUCGUCCCAUCAAUCCAACAUGUCCAGAUUCUUCUGUAGCACUUUCCUGCCCUCAAGCAGAUCAGCACUCCCACACAACUUGAUGUCAUCUGCAAAUUUACUGUGUGUACACCUGAUCCCUUCAUCCAGGUGAUUGAUAAAGACAUGAAACAGAACUGGCCCCAGCACUGAGCCCUGGGAAACACCACUUGUGACCGGCUGCCAACUGGGUUUAACUCCAUUCAUUGCAACUCUUUGGGCCUGGCCAUCCAGGCAGUGUUUUACUUAGUGAAGAGUAUGCCUGUCCAAGCCAUGAGCAGCCAUUUUUUCCAUGAGAAUGCUGUGGGAAACAGUGUCAAAUACCUUACUAAAUUUUAGGUAGACAACAUCCACAGGCUUUCCUUCAUCUACUAAGCCGGUCACCUUGUCAUAGAAGAAGAUUGGGUUAGCUGAGCAGGACCUGCCUUUCCUGACAUCCCUGAUGACUGGGCCUGUUCACUGGCUGUCCCGUAUAUGCUGUGUGACAGCCGUCAAGAUGAACCACUCCAUAACCUUCCUCAGCACUGAGGUCAGACUGACAGGUCUGUAGUUUCCUGGACCUUACUUCCAGCCUUUCUUGUAGGUGGGCAUCACAUUUGCUCACCUUCAGUCAACUGGGAAUUUCCAGUUAGCCAGGGCUGCUGAUAAAUUAUGGAAAGUGGCUUGGUGAGCGCAUCUGCCAGUUUCUUUGGUACCCUCAGGUGGAUCUCAUCUGGCCCCAUAGACUUGUGUGUGUUUAAGUGGUGUAUCAGGUCACUAACUAUUUCCUCAUGGAUUAUGGGGGUUCCAUUCGGUUCCCUAUCCCUGUCUUCCAGCUCAGGAAUCUGGCUACCCAGAGAACAACUGGUCUUACUAUUAAAAACUGAAGGCAUUAGGUACCUUAGCCUUUUCCUUGUCCUUUGUCAGAAUGUUCUCCUGCACCUCGCAUCUAAUAAGGGCUGAAGAGUCCCCUUAUCCCUCCUUUUCCUGUUAAUGUAUUUAUAGAAACAUUUUUUAUUGUCCUUUACCAUAGUAGCCAGAGAUCUUGGGUAUUGAAGUGCAUAUGCUGUUUUGUCACUCUUAAAAGGAAACUAAGAAUCACCAAAUGUUUUGACUGCUUCUUUUUGCUCCCUCUCUCUUUCAAUGUGGAAGUACUUGGUUUGUUUUCAGACAAAGCCAAAUCUUUAAUCAAAAUAGCCAGCUUCAGAAAGAGUGCAGAAUAUCAAGGUGAAGAAAAAGAUAACAGGCACACACACCUCCCCAAACCCAACAAACCCAAAAAAGGCACAUGUGCACAGUCUGAUUGAAAUAAAUGUACUUUGGGAGUGUAAGUCAAAAUAUGUAAAGAAUGCUACACAAAAUGAUACUGUGAGAUUCUUUGCUUUAGAGGGAAAGGCUGCCUGUGGGGUGUCAGGAAAACAGGGAAUGAACUGCAUUAUGACAUGCCUUUGGCCUGUAAAGUCCGGGCAGUUUGUCUCUGGAUUCCAUCGUACAUUGCAGAGAAGGCUGGAGAGAGCCCUGUGGAAAGGAAUCUGUGGGUUCUAGUUGACAGCAAGUUGAACAUGAGCCAACCGUGUGCCCAGGCAGCUGAGAGCCAACCAUGUCCUAGGGUGCAUCAAGCAUGGCAUUGCAGCCAGUCGAGGAUAAAAAGAAUAUGAAACUACUGGAGAGUGUCCAGAGGAGGGCAACAAAGUUGGUGAAGGGUUUAGAGAGGAAGUCUCAUGAGAAGCAGCUAAAGUCACUUGGUCUGUUCAGGCUGGUGAAGAAGAGACUGAGGGGAGACCCCAUCAGAGUUUCCCACUUCUUAACGAGGGAAGGAGGAGGAGCAGGCGCUGAUCUCUUCUCUCUGGUGACCAACAAUAGGACCUGGCGAAAUGGCAGGAAGGUGUGCCAGGGGAGGUUUAGGUUGGAUAUUAGGAAAAGAUUCUUCACACAGAGGCUUAUGGAGUACUGGAACAGGCUUCCAUGGCGCCAAGCCUGACAGUAUUCCAGAAGCAUUUGAACAACACCCUCAGACACAUGGUGUGAAUUUUGGGGUUGACCUAUGCAGGAAUAGGAGUUGGACUAUAUGAUCCUUGUGGGUCCCUUCCAACUCAGAUCAUUCUAUGAUUCUAGGAGAGAGGGUGUGAUGGUACAGGAUUUUAUAUAUUUUUUUUUCUUGCUGUUAAGUAAGAGUGUCCUGAUUCUUUUGUGAGCCAAAGGAAUUAUAGAUGCCAUGAAUGAUUUAGGUUGGAUGAGGCUUAUAUCAACCUGAUGGCAGGGGGAUUGGAACUGGAUGAUCUUUAUGGUCCCUUCCAACCCAAACCAUUCUAUAAUUCUGUGAUUCUGUAAUUAGCUGUCUUUAGUUUCCUAAACUUUUCAGCCUUUUUUCUCCCCUCUUUUCCUUCCCUUUGUCAGUCACUGCUUUAUCAGAUAUUUCAGGAGAUAUUCAAAAUAUCUGAAAAGGUAAAUCUUAAACAAAUGCUUUUAAAAUCAUCUUGAUUUUGAGGCAGUGCAGCCUAUCUGUUGCAUUUGUAUCCACAGAACAGUCUUGUGUUUGAUAUAUGCAGAUCAUACAGAACUACAAAAACCCCUCAAGUAUGCCUGCAGUUUGAGAGGAGCCUUUCUGUAAUUUACAUCUUAAUAUAGGAGCUUUGAAAUCCCCAUACCUUGUACUGAAAUUUGCUCAAAGGAUAGGCAAAAAAUGAGCCACCUAAUGGAGUACCAAGUCCCAGUUCUGAGGGAUGCCCUAGUCAGUCUCUUGAUAAUGUUUGACACUCCAGUGGUCAGUUCCUCAAGAAUCCUUGCCUCUGAUUGAGGACAUUCUUCAAGUACAAGAGACUGUAUCUUUGCAGGUGGACAGGGAAUCAAGUUUCCCUCUCACUGCAAAGCAUACAGCAGGUAUGGCUAAUAACUUCUUGAUGUUAUGAGUGACAAUAGUACUCUCUUCUGUUUGGAUGUCAAAUCUUACUCCAGACAGAUAGAAUAUAGUAGAGAUGGACCCUAUUCCAGGUACCAGAAAGCGAGACUAUAUGAAUAAGCCAAGUUGCUUGCUUUUGACACCUCUCCCACUGCUAUUACUUUUGUAGAAACAACCAAACAAAAGCAGUGUAAAACAAAAAAGAGCUAAACUAGUGCUUGUGCACUAGACAGGUAGAACUAACUUGCCCAGCCUGUGGAUCUAGUCCCAAUAUUCACUGUAAAUGCACUUCAAUACUUUCAAAAUAGAAUAUGUGAUAUCCAUAUUUGUAUGGAUAUCAAUACCCUAAAUCUGAUAGAGUUAAUGAGAGGUAAAGAUUGAGUGUGAUUUUUCUCAAGCAGAGAACAGAUGCAUUCCUUUAAAAAGUCUGGGAACCUCUUGUCCUGACUGAUGUGCAAUGACCAAUGGGAGAUACUCAGUGGGAUUACAGCCUUUCUAAAGACUGUUGGCAUACCUCCUACUAAAGGGCUACCUAAAGUGUUCCAUGUGUAGGGAGAUAACUGAUGAACUGCUCCCCAACUAAAGUGUCUUAGGGACAGCAGUUCAAAGAGAAUCUGCAGGCAUACGUAAUUGUGAUGAAUUGGGAAAACAUUCAUUUAAUUUGAACUGUGUUUGAGAUGAUCAGAGAUCUGCAGUGUUUCUGAUUUUACCUGGAUCUUCUAGUGGAGUGUCCAAGAACUUUUUCCUGUGCCUUUCUCCAGGAAGAGAAUGUGCUUGAUUUAUUGAGCAGCCCCAAAUUUGGUUCAAUAUUUUGAACUUGGGAUCAGAAAGCAAUUUUCAUUGCACACUGGUAGUUGUCUGUAUUGGAAAAAUUAGGUGAAAGUGGUAUAUUAAUGUUAGGAUUGUCUUUUGAGGCUGUGUAGAGAUUCACGUUUCAAGUACUUGGCUAUGUGCAUGGUGGGGUAGGAGAUGAACUUUCAGAUGCAUUGAUUUCUCUAACGUGAAUGGAACAGUGUCAGCUCCAGGAUUCACCCGGGAUGAAUGGAUAACUGUGGUCAUGGGCUGCCUGUUGGGCCAUCCAGGAUUAUAUUAGAUGAAGUGAAAUGCAAAAAUUGAAAAGAAUACUUGAUAAUUGAAGCUGUCAAGCAACAAAAAUGAGUGUUUUCUUGAAAUGAAAUUUUAUUAUUAUGUUCAGGUAUGUUUUAAUUUUCAGGUUUAUUGCCCUUAUGCAAAAUACAAAAUUGCUGCAUGACAUGGAAGCCUAUUGAUUUUUCACAGGACUGUUUACAAUUGAUGGUGUUUAUCCAAGGGUUGUUCCUUAUUUUAAAAUAUUUUCAACAUGUUUCUUAGUAAAGUUGCACAUACCCCUCUUUCACUAUUUUAAACGCACAGAGAUCUUGGAAAUGAACUUAACAAAAGGAAGAACAGUGCUUUGAAAAGAGAAGACUAUGCAUAAGUAGGUUAUUUUUAGAAAACAGAAGAGCUAUGGCGUCUGAAGAAAAUAUGAAACAAUAAAUUUUUAUACAAAAGUGCAUGAGGUAAAGAAAUUAAUAUAAGACAAUAUAAGUUUGACUCUGGUCUUUGAUCACAGCUAUAAUGUGUUUUUUUUCUUUGCCAAACAAUGUGUGAAACUUGCUUUUGAUUGCAUGUGCUGUCAGUAGUAUGCUUAAUGUAAAUCACCUGAAAUGUUUUUAUGCUCAAAAGGAGACUAAAGAGGCCAUGCAGAUCUCUUUUGAUAUUAAAAGCAAAGAUACGAGCCUAUGCUUGCAGUGCUGAGAAGGAAACCAGUAUGUGCUACAUUAGCAGAUUGAAUUGCAGGAUCAUCACCUUUGUAAGAAGCCUAAAAUACUAAAUUGUGGGUUGGCUUUGAGGGCAAGAAUUGACAAAUGCAAAAUAUGCAUUGAUGACAAGAAGAACCUCUUUCUAGCUUAAAGAAUUCUGUACAGUGUUCUCUUAAGCUGUGCUGAAUUUGCUUUAAAAAUAGUAAUAAAUCUUAUUGCUUAGGUCGAAUGUUACAUCUGUUGUGCAUUUAUAUGGGAGGAAUAAUAUUUCUUAAAAAAAUGUAACAUACCACCUACCAGGGAGCCCAAUCUCAUAACCUCUUUUCAUACAGCCAUAAAACUUAGUUGCAAGAACACCCCAGAAUUAAUUUUAAACAAAUGUGUGUGUUAUCCAGAGUUAAUACAUGCAUUUGUGUAGCAGUGUGUGUUUGUUACUCUCAGAUUUGUGAAGGCAUGCUUUGCCUGCAAAAGAACAUAACUGACAUUUGAUGUAGAUAAAAUCAUUUCAUGUAUCAUCCAAAUACAUUUCUCAAAAUAUGAAAAUACUGAAGGUAAUCAUCUUGCAGCCCUGGGUGAAAGGAUUGCACCAGAGCCUGGGCCAAUCUUCUGUGCAUGGAAUUCAUAUAGAGGAUAUUUUUACCAAGCCUCCACAGGACAAGAGAUUAAUCCUGCUGAAACUGCAAGCCUGAUGUUUUUAACAGUGGAGUAUUUCCCUGAUGGUGAGUUGCUGCAGUAGCCAGUUUGCCGAAUUGUGCUGUUUGAUAAUGCUUGCUCUUUUCUGUACAGGGCAAUUCUGUGAAUCCUCCACAUUAUCUACAAGAGCAGCAGUUAGUGGCCCAUUUUUGUAACUGGGGAGGUUGAGUCAAUGUUGUUUGCCCAAAGCCAUAGCAGUGUGGUGCAGCUGGCAUCAGAAAUUAAAAUUCUGGCUCUGUAGCGCUGCCCGGGAGUUUUGCCAUUGGCUCAAACAAAGCCAGGAUUUUUCCCAAGAAAUUUGCUAGGUCCUAAUAUUUGGAUCACUGCUAAUACCUUCGAAAAGCUCUGCCAGAACAUACUUAAUUUAUGAAAUUGCUUAGUAACAAUGAGUUCCUCUAUUGAGCUGCAAUUUUAAUCUGUCUAGCCGCGACAUUAUUGAAGUGUAUCUAGCGUGAGUUGCUUGGUAUCACGAGCUCUCCUGGAGGAAAGUGGUUCUGUGCUAGCUGAUGAGUGACAUCCUGAUUUCUAAGUUCUCUCAAGGCUUUGAAGUGAACCUGGUGCGUGGGAGAAGAACUUCGGGUGACUUGUGGUAUCAUUUAUACUGUGUGUCAGGGUUUAGGGAAGCUUAUAGCCUCUCUACAGGUAUUUAACAUGCUGGAUCAGUUUUGAAAUUCUAGGUUGUGAUUGCCACUUUUAACAGGCUCUGAAGAGUGUAUUUUUUACUAAAGUAAAUAGAUGGCUCCUAUGCCUGCUUCUGCACUCUGACAGUGUUGAUCUUUUCUGAAGCUGAAUUCUAACUCCAGUCUCUUAAAAUAGUAAUUUCUUUUGGUUGGACUCCAGCAAGGGUGCAUGAUGAUGAGUGUUUGCUUUCUCUUUGUAUCAGGUAUGUGAAAUGAAUAAUUUAAAUAAUUUAAUUACCUGUCUGAUGAAAUCAGUGGAAUUUCAACCAAUCCCAUGCAGUUUCCUGCUGAAUUUAUAGUUUUUCUGUUAGAGCUCAGGUUAUGUGGAUUUGUGUGCACAUCAGGAAAACUCCAUAGCCAUAUAAAUGAGAUUCAAAGUAACAUAAAAAGAGUGUCUGAAAAGGUCAUGUCAGUAUAUGAUUAAUGGAUGUUUUCUUUAUUAUUAACAAUAUUUGCCUUCUAUCUUUCAGCACCUUGUAAAGCAGAGUACGCAACUGCAACUUCAGAGUCUCCCUAGUCUGUUAAAUAUAAAUAAUCCAUACUGUCCUUUUUAGUGCAGCAUAUCUUGUCUUGUACGUGACUGCCUUGACAGGUUGUGAAAAGUGCAAUAAUGGAACCAAAUGGCUGCCACUUUGAGUAGGGAUUUGACCACAGCUGUGGGGCUGACACUCGGACUUUGGUAGCAGUUGAGUCUAUGCUCUGGAAGAGCUACAUCUGUAUGGAGAAAGCAUAACCACUGUUAUGUUCUUCUCCUGCCAAAAGUAUCUUGCUGGAGGGUGCAGGAGGUUAAACAAAACCACAACAGGAGUAAUCAGGGAGCACCGCAGUGCAUCUGAACGUGCACUGGACAGAACCAGCUCUUACCAUCUGUUUCUAUGUACACUUAGAAAUGUGUUGGCAUGAAGCGAGUUUAAACACAUACAUGGACUCAAGUUCCUCAGUACAAUGAGGAUUAUAGUUGUUGAAGUCUAUCAAACAGGAAUCAACUCUGUUAGGUUAAACAGCAUGAUUAACUCAAUUUGUAUUGUUGUUUUGAAGAAAGACUGACAGGAUCUGUUUGUAUCAUUGUCAGGGAAAAAAACCCCAACCUGUCCGAGACUGAGGUGAAAAGGUGGUUGCCUGAGCAGGGGAAGCCCAGGAAACCCAGGAGGGAGCAGGGAGGGGGGGCAGGUGGCUCCUGACUCCUGGAAGAGGCGGCCGGUGGGGGAGGGCAGUCCUGGAAGCAGCCAUGGGAGAUUUAAAACAGCCCCCAGGAAAUUCCAGCGACCAGAGCGCUGCAACCAGGAGUGAGCAAACAGGUGCGGGGCGUGUCAGAAAAGCAGAGCACAGCAGUCUGCAUGGGCAGUUCACGCAGGAAGAGUGAACAAUGAGGGUGCUGGGGCUCGGCCAGAAGGACCAGAGAACCAUGAUGGCCACUCAGCAGAAAAUUAAGGCUGCUCCAAGCUCGGCACCAGCCGUGACUGGUGGAGCUUCCCAGAUAGAGCCCCAGUGGAUGCAUGCUGCCACUCAGAUGCCGGGCUGCAGGGGGAGUCCCCCUCUUGCACUGGUAUUGGACACCAGUGGGGAAUUUACUUGUGGGAGUUAAUGCUCAGGUGGAAGAACUCCUCCACUUGAUGACAGGACUUGGGGAGGGGGUGAGCAGGCUGAGGACCAUCAGGGAGUGUGAGAGAGAUUGACCACUGGAAUAACUCUUAUGCUCCCUGUGUCAGACCCAAUAGGCAGUCAUGCCUUGUAUGACAGAGGACCUCCCAUCUUCUCUCUGUUCAGCUGAGGAGAGGUAUUAAGGAGAUGGAGAGGAAUAGCAUCAGGUUCCUUCCUGGCGAAGCAGGCAUGUCUUCCCUCUGCCAACCUGAGCCUCCCAGGUUCCUUUGCACAAAAGAUAUGAAGCUCUGCAAGGGGAACCAAACCUCCAUGAGUUUGAUGGGUCUCACAGCGUAGAAAUGUUCCCUAGGUUAAGACAUCCAUCAAAAUGGCCUCUGUUAGGAAGAAAAGAUGCAUUAUUGUCAUAGGGGACUGCCUUUUGAAGGGGAACAGAAGGCCCAGUCUGCAGACCAGACCAAUUACAUAGAGAAGUCUGCUGCCUACCUAGGGCCUUGGUUAGAGAUGUAGGAAGAAAACUUCCAAUUCUGGUCAGGCCCACGGAUUAAUAUCCCCUAUUGAUUUUCCAAGUAGGCAGUAACGAAAUCCAAAUGGGAAAUCUGAGGGCAAUUAAAAGGGUCUUCGGGACCUUGGGACAUAUGGUUAAGGGAUUGGAGGCACAGGUGGUGUUUUCCUCACACAGGGGAUAACGAGGGAAGGAAUAGGAAGAACCAAGAAAUAAAUACCAGUCUCUGAACCUGGUGUGAGGAGCAAAACUUUGGGUUCUUUAAUCAUGGGUUGGCUCACACUUCACCAGGCUUCCUAAUUGUUCUGAACGCGCAUUUGAGUGUUUAAUGGGAUUUUCUAUUACUUAGUGAUUGAUAUUCUUCUAAUAAAAUACACAUACUGAAAACCGACUGCCACUAUGUGGCUGAAAUAGCAGCUGUUUGUGGUUGCACAUCAUGCGUGGUUGCCUGUCACAGAAGGGAGGGGGAGAAUGCUUGUAUUUGUCUGCUCUGAUUAGGCUUUGUUACCCUCUCGCUUUUCAGUCUGUUCUAUAGCUUUAGGAUAAAGAUCUUGCCUUAGAUCUUCAGCUUUUUGUAAACAUAGAAAUUUUCUCACUUAAUCAUGAUUUGGGAUUCCUCUGUCUUCCUCUCACAUGUGCAACUCCUUGGGGUUUGUGGCUGUAAUCACCUGCUGAAUUAGGAAGAACCAUGAAGUGAUGCCACAUUUCUGUCAAUAGAGACUCCCACAAAGCAUGGAUUAUUAAUCACAAGAUCCUCUUACUAUUUUGUUUCUUUCUUUAGAUACAUUAUUGUGUAAAAUGCUUUCAAAUAGAUUUGGACCAGUUUCUUGUAGCAUUUCAGGGCCCAGUUACUGAAUCAGGGCCCAGAUCCUGGUUGAAUGAAAUUCUGUAACUGUAGCAGGAGGUUGGGAGAGAUCCAGCAAACAGGAGGCAAACAAAUCUGAGCUUAACUAUGACAAGAAAAUCAGAGUAUUGCCUUGUUUAUAAACUGUAAAUACUCCGUUUAUAGCUCCAUAUUCUUGCUCUGUUCCUGAUUCUAGGAAGAAAAAAGAUUUAAUUUUCUUUUACUUUUCAUAUGGGCAUGAAGUUGUAGCUGACUUUUAACUCCAGAUUUUACAUUAUGGUAGUAUUGCUGCAGGAAAAAAAAAAAAAAAGGACCAGCUAUUUAAACUUAAUGGCAAAUGUGCUAAUUGAUUUUGUUGCCACCUUUGUGGCUUUGAUCCCAGGU